UUUUCCAUAGUUGGUUGCUAUAAAGUGAGAGUGCCCACAUAGGAAACUAUUGCACAACGAUGGCCGUAGCAUUGACAUUUCUUCUUCUUCUUUCUCUCGAUUUCUCUUCCUCUCUCUCAAUACCACUCGGAUCUAAUCUUCACGCUUCUUCAGAUCGCAAUCACUCAUGGUAUUCUCCUAACUCCGCCUUCUCUGUUUCCUUCAUCCCCGCCGCAACUCCCGGCUCCUUCCUCUCCGCCGUCGUGUUUUCCAACACUGUUCCUAUCUGGUCACCCGGAACCGUAGAUUCCGGCGGAUCUCUCCGUCUCCUCCGUUCUGGCUCCCUCCGCCUCGUUAACUCCUCCGGCGCUACUGUUUGGGACUCCGGCAGCGAGAACAAAGGAGUCACUUCCGCCUCUCUCGAAGAUUCUGGAAACCUCGUCCUUCGGAGUCGUAGAAACACGACGGUUUGGUCUUCCUUUGCUCAGCCGAGCAACGUCAUCGUCCCAACACAGCCUCUCACCGUCGGUAAGUCUCUCCGAUCGGGCUCUUACUCGUUUCAUCUUACGGAAGAAGGGAGUCUGAACCUUAAGUGGAACGAUAGCAUAGUUUACUGGAGCCAGGAGCUUAUUAAUAAAUCAAGUUCAAAUCUCUCGUCGCCUAGUUUUGUAUUGGAACGUAACGGAGUGGCGUCUAUUUUCGACUCUAGCGGCGGCGUCGUGGUUUCUGUUCGAAGCAAUGACUACGGAGAAGAAGAGGGUGUGUUUAGGUUUUUGAAGCUGGAAGAAGAUGGAAAUUUGAGAAUCUUUAGUGUCUCUAAAGGUGGUGAGAUUCAGACACAGACUUGGGUUGCUGUCGCUGACCAGUGUCAGGUGUUCGGUUUCUGUGGGAACUUUGGGAUUUGUAGAUACGAUGGUUUUGUUCCGACAUGCGAGUGUCCCUCGGAGAAUUUUGUUCCUAUUGACGUGAACGACAUGAGAAAAGGGUGUAAGAGAAAAGUUGAGCUUGAGGAUUGUCGUGGUAACCAAGGCAUGCUUGAUUUGAACAACACUAGGUUCUUGACGUACCCACCUGAAUUGUCUACUCAACGUUUCACUCUGGGGACAGAGGCGUGCCGUGCUAAUUGUCUCGUUGAUAGUUUAUGUUUUGCUUCUGUUCUAAUGGCUGAUGGAUCUGGUGUCUGUUUUCAAAAGCUAUCCGGUUUGGUUUCUGGUUAUAAAAGCCCUUCGGUUCCUAGUACCUCUUCUUUAAAGGUUUGUAAACCAGUUUUACCGUACUCAACGGUGAAGAAAACUGACGAACGGUCGCUAAUCCGUGCGUUGAUCAUAGCUCUGGUUGUUAUAGCCACGGUUCUUUGUCUGGUUGCGUUAUUGGGAGCUUUGUGGUGCUGCUGCUGCAGAAAUAGUCUUAAGUUUGGAGCUUUGUCGUCUCACCACACUUUACUUGAGUACGCGUCCAGUGCGCCCAUGAGGUUCUCCUACAAAGAGCUUCAGCGUUGCACCAAAAGUUUCAAGGAGAAGCUCGGUGCUGGAGGUUUUGGCGCUGUGUACAAAGGCAUGCUCGUUAACAGGACCGUGGUUGCCGUGAAACGAUUGGAGGGGAUAGAGCAAGGAGAGAAGCAGUUUAGGGCAGAGGUGGCCACCAUAGGUAGCACACAUCACUUGAAUCUGGUGAGAUUGAUAGGUUUCUGCUCACAAGGACGCCACAGGCUUCUUGUCUAUGAGUUUAUGAAAAAAGGGUCGCUCGACAACUUCCUUUUCGCGGCGGAGUCUGGGAGAUUGUUGAAUUGGCAGUAUCGGUUUUCUAUCGCCCUUGGAACCGCUAAGGCGAUUCUUUACCUCCAUGAGGAGUGUUCUAAUUGCAUCGUACACUGCGAUAUUAAACCUGAGAACAUUCUCUUGGACGAAAACUUUAAUGCCAAAGUGUCGGAUUUUGGACUUGCUAAACUCAUACCAAGCGACAAGAGAUACUGGAACAUGAGCUGUGUCCGAGGAACCAGGGGAUAUCUAGCACCAGAAUGGGUUGCAAAUCUUCCAAUAACUUCAAACUCUGAUGUCUACAGCUAUGGAAUGGUUCUGUUAGAGGUUGUGAGCGGAAGACGAAAUUUUGAAAUCUCAGACGAAACAAACCACAGGAAAUUCUCUGACUGGGCAUACGAAGAAUUCGACAAGGGUAACAGUAAAGUAAUCUUAGACAAAUGUCUUCAGAGAGAUGAAACAGUCGAUAUGGAACAAGUGACGAGGAUGGUUCAGGCCAGUUUCUGGUGCAUACAAAAGCAUCCGUCUCAGAGGCCGUCUAUGGGGAAAGUAGUGCAGAUGUUAGAGGGAAUAAUAGAGAUGGCCAAGCCAUUGGCUCCAAAUGCUUUAGCCGACAUACGAGAUACAGAAAAUAGUUAGAAACACGCGUUGUUUUCUUGAGCAGUGUUUCAGCGUUGGUUGCAUUAUCUCAGCUUCCCUUCUUCGUCUUUGUCCUCACAAAUUAACUGCUAAGAUGAAUAGGAACUUAUAUAUAGAUAAACACACACAAGACCAAAACAGCUCGCUCUCCCAUAUAUUAAAAUUCAGAAGAAAAAGGGGGAUCUAAAGAUAUUUCAAGAAAGAAUAUUUCACUUUCUAGAAUAUAACAAAUGGCAAUCAAGAAUUCCUUUUCUCUUUUACUAUCUUCAUUGAUGGUGUUUGCUCUGAUCGCCAUACCCACAAUUUCAGGACAGCCAAGCGGAACAUGGUGUGUAGCCAAUCCCAAGAUACAAGACCAAGUGGUACAAGCAGCUCUAGGUUGGGCUUGUCAACAGAGUCAAGCAUACUGUAGCAGGAUUCAGCUUGGCCAAAAUUGCUACUCGCCUAACACUCUCAGGGACCAUGCCUCUGUUGUCUUCAAUACUUACUACCAGCAUAAUAAGGACCAAGGCGGUUCUUGUGAUUUCAAUAGGGCUGCAGUGAUCACCCACACCGACCCUAGUCAUGACACUUGCCAAUUUGAGUCUGUCCCUGAUUCUAAGUAAAGAGCAAAGACGAAAUGAAGCCAUCUUCUGCAACUAAUGAAUAAACUUAUGUACUAAUAUUGAAUACUAAAUAAAAUGCAGUGCAUUAUGAUUACAUUAAUCUGGCCAUUUUUAUAUAUAUAAUAUUUCCAGCAACAAAUUCAACAAGCAAAGCACGUAGCUAACAUAAUCUGGUGAUUACAUUUAUAUAUUAAGCAAUCUUUGAGGAGAAAACAUUGAGUUCAUAAGAAGGACAAAGCUUCUCCAUAAGUAGGAUAAGGCAGAAGAAUGACCACAAAUUGACAGUAAAGAUGAUUUGAAAUUCUUUAAAAAAGUAGAGUUGCCCAUGCAGCAAUGAACGCAAAGCCUCGGAAUGGUGCCAAGGUAGAAAACUUCUUGUCCUCGCGCAAUGCUACCAUGUAA